GCUACUAGACACGGAAGCCUGUUAAGCGAAAGCUUCUUCUAUUCUGUUUAUAACCGUUUGAAACAUUUGAAUCAUUGUGUGAAUGUGAAGGAAGCAGUCACUUUAUAUCAGGUUCAUGGAAAAAAUAUUGGAGAUUUGGCACCGCGACGAUUUUCAACUUGUGCGGUACUUCAUCUCAAUCUUACUAUGUGCAAUGAAUUUCCUAUUCGGUAAUCGAUUAUGCAGCAAAACAUUCAAACCACGUAAAAAUAUCUCUGAAACUAAUAAUAAUAAUAAUCCUUCUACUAAUACAAGUAAUCAUAAUCCUACUAUUGGUAAUAAUAAUAAUAAUAAUCAUGAUGUCAAUGGUAAACAAAAUGAUUUAUUACCAGAAACUGCUGCAACAUUGGGUAGUGGAGAUUUACGUUUAGCUGUUCGUCUACCUGAAGGUGAAGAUCUACAUGAAUGGAUUGCUAUAAACACUGUAGAUUUUUUCAAUCAAAUUAAUAUGCUUUAUGGUACAUUACUUGAAUUUUGUACGGAUGAUACAUGUCCAAUUAUGUCAGCUGGUCCAAAGUAUGAAUAUCAUUGGGCUGAUGGACAAACAGUGAAAAAACCAUUGAAAUGUUCUGCACCACAUUAUAUUGAUUGUUUAAUGAUAUGGAUUCAAAAACAAUUGGAGAAUGAAGCUAUAUUUCCAUCGAAAAUUGGUGCUCCAUUUCCACGUGAUUUUCUUAAUGUAGUCAAAGUGAUAUUAAAACGUUUAUUUCGAGUUUAUGCACAUAUUUAUUAUCAACAUUUUUCUGAAGUACGAGAUCUACAAGAAGAAGCUCAUUUAAAUACAAGUUUUAAACAUUUUAUAUAUUUUGUAUUGGAAUUUAAUUUAGUUCAAAAACGUGAACUUGUUCCAUUACAACACUUAAUUGAUUUAUUAACAACAAAUGAAUCUACCACAAAUGAUGAACAUAAUAGUAAUGAUAAUGGUUCUACAUCACAUAAUUAUUCAUUACAUACAACUACUAAUGAUAAUAAUAUAAGUAGUAUAAUCAAUGAUAAUUAAAUAUUACAUAUUACAUCUAUUAGAUAUAAUAUAAGUAUAUAUAUCUUUCAUAAUAAUCGUUAUCAUUGAUAACGACAACGAUCAUAAUCAUGAUUUAUGCCUUAAUCUAUUCUUAUAUUGACUUCUUUCUUUGAUACAUAUAUAUAUCAAUAUCCUGUAUGUGGUACUCUAGCGUUUGCAUGGAAACUACCAUAUAUUUUUAAAUUUGUUCUAUAUGUAUGAGUUAGACGAAUAUUUCUUUUCUGUUGGUAUACCAAAAAUAAAACACAAUUUAUAUGUAUAUAUUAAAAAUAAAUACUUAACAGACAGGUGAUUUCAUAUUCUGUUAAAGGUAUGAGGAAAGUUGUCGAUUCCCCGAUUGCCUGUCCACACCAUAAAACAAUAUUCCUUCUUCGAGGGAUGUCAAUUGAAAAUGCAACUAGGGUCAAUGGUGGUAUUAUUAAAGAGUUGGGAAUGUAAUCGAACAGCCGAAAGGAAUAACUGCUUGGGGAUGUUUAUACACAUUUCGUGGAAAUUUUUUAAUCUAUUUGCUUUAUACUUCAAAAUGCCUUACUGUUAUAGAUGGAAAUCCAUGGGGUAAAAUAAGUUGUGAAAUUUUUAGGCCCGACCUUUUCUAACCUCUUCAUUCUACUACGAGAAAGCAGUAUCUUAAUAGAUGAUAGUAAUAGGAUGGAAAAACUGUACUACUAUUAUACCCCUGUACAGUCGUCAGUUCGACUUAACCCCUGGCUUUAGUUUUAUCGUCGUUCUCCAGUAGACCUGCCAUAUAUACCCUUGUGGGCCAGGGUAA